AUCUUUUCAUCAGUUACCUAAGCGACGACGGUUUGCGCGUUACUUUCAAUUCACGUUUCUCUCUUAUGGAUAAUACUGUUAAGUUGAUCCCUCAUAUUUCGCGCGCAAUUUUAAAAAUUGCCAGUUCGCGAAGUGCGAGACAUUUUUAAUUUGCUUCGCGUGUAAAUGGCGAUAUAAUAUUUUAAUUAUAAAACAUAUUUAUUUAUUUUUCAAUUUUUUUUAUUAUUUUGAUUUAUAUACUUGCUUUUGCGGAUAGUUCAAAAAAAUAGUUCCUAAUGGCAUUAAUAGGAGCAACGAACCAACAAAAAACCAAGAUUUAUGAAGAGAUUAAUGAAACGCAUUCGAAUAAAUUAGAGGAUAAUAAAGCAAUCGUUCAGAAAUGGUUGAGUUCACAGCCUCAUCUGCCAAAAAAUUACGAUGAAAGAAUACUCGCCUCAUUCAUCAGAGGAUGUAAACACGAUGUAGAAAGGGUUCAACGAAAACUAGAUCAUUAUUUCACAUAUCGUUCAAUUAUGCCUGAUUUAUUUAUGAAUCGAGAUCCUACGUCAUCUGAAAUCAGAAACCUAAAAGAACAAUUUGUAGCAUUUCCUUUACCUGAAUUAACAGCUGAUGGAUGUCGGGUUACGUUUCAUCGUGUCAAUAGCUCCGAUUCAAAUAAACUUGAUGUAAAAGCUAUUGUAAAAUAUUUACUAAUGUUAGGAGAAAUUCGUUUAUUAGAAGAAGGUCCCAUCUCUGGUGACGUUUGCGUAUUCGACGUUUCCGGUGCUACUGCGUCCAUGGUGUCUAAAUUAAUUAAUCCAGUCGUUAAAAAGGGAAUUAUGUGUUCGCAGAAUGCUCUGCCACAAAGAUUAAAAGAAAUUCACGUGAUAAAUGCACCUCCUUUCAUGGAUACAGGAGUCAACAUAAUCAAAAUGUUUGUCAAGCAAAAAAUUAAAGAUAGAUUUCACGUGUACUCAGACACCCAAGGCUUGUACAAGUACAUUCCAAGAGAUUCAUUACCAUCGGAUUACGGCGGAAAAGAAAAAUCCAUUGAUGCUUUACAAAGUGAAUGGUACAAAAAACUAGAAAGCUAUCGUUCGUAUUUCGAAGAACAAGAAAACAUUUGCACCGAUGAAUCAAAAAGGAUGAAUAAAUCAGAACCAACGAGUAGCGAAUACGAAGAGCUUUUUGGCACAACCGGAUCCUUCCAUAAAUUAUCAAUCGACUAAGUAACCUUCAUGAUGAGAAAAUCGCUAGUUUUGUAUUUUUGUGAAAAUGUACCUAUUAUUUUGAACGUAGGUAGUGUGUAUGUUUGUUUUCAUUUUUUUUUUUUUAAAUCAAGCUUAUUAUAUGUAUAAAACUUUUUAGCAUCGCUUGACUUUUUUGGUACGCGUAUGUUUGUGUAUGUAAGCAAAUAAUAAAAAUCAACUUUCCACGUGUUAUACAUGUAGGUAUAAUAAAGGUUAUUUACUUACGAGUUUAA